AUGGAGAACAAGCGCGAAACCGAGCAUGAGGACGAGGCCGAAAGCAAGAUGGUGGUGUACGAAGCAGAGGCAAAGCGUGGUGGUGAUUCAGAUGCGGACGACGACGACGACGAUGCCGCGCCGGGAGCGCCAUCGCCCGACAUCAUUGCUUUGCGCGAGGGGUACAAUCAGACGUACGUGAUCCAAUCGAGCUCGACGCACUUGCAUGAAGUGCUGUUUCGCUGUGGGAACUGGUGCUACACGGGCAAGGUCGACUUGGGCGACUCGGAGAUUACGCUGAGCGACCUGCCGCUGGUCAUUCCCGCCCUGCAAAAGCAGCAAGGGUCGUUGCAGUUUCUCUGCGAGUGGAAGCAAAUCCCGUCCACGUCGCCAUACGCUGUGCCGCUGGAAACGCUGUACGACGCGUUCGACUUUAUCGGAGCCGAGUUGGGCUCCAAGAGCAUCGAGAAGAAGCUCAUGAAGGCGGUCCAGGAGAACGCGUGGGUAGACGACGAGGGCGGCGCCACCGACGGGAAAAACUUUUUCGAGCUCGAAACCGGCGGCUUUGAUUGCUUUGACGGGAUCGAUCUCGUCGCGAGCAAGACAUUUGUACGUGGCCUGGUGCUGCUGGUGAUUUACUACCGUCGCAGCUUCUACGUCGUGCUUCAAGAAGGCGACGGGGAACAGCCGCUUCUGGACGUCCGCUUCCCCGACCUAUCGCAGCAUCUCCAAGGCGUGCACUUGCGCCAUUACGCCGAGAACUUUAUGAACAUGAAGAAACUCGUGCUGUGGCAAGCCAUGCCCGUCGAGCUCGCGGCCAAGUCGCCGCCCAAGUCGUUCCAAAUGCAAGUCAAAGACGUAGCUGGGGCCGGGUACAACCAGACGUUCCUUAUCCAACGCACACAGCCUCUGGAAGGCCACCCCGAAAGCAAGUUGCGCGAAGUGCUCUUUCGCUUUGGCAGCUGGUGCUACAACGGCCACGUCGACUUGGGGCCCAAGCUCGAGCUGUCCGACAUCCCCGUUGUGAUUCCCAUGCUUCGACGCCAGCAAAGCGCACUGACGUUCAUGUGCGAAGUGACCAAGAUGCCGGCCACGUCGUUGUUUACGGCUACGAUGGAGUACAUUGCGUCGAUUGUGCCGGCGAUUCAGCAAGAGCUGGCGGCGACGGAAGAAGUGCUGGCGCAUAUGGCGCGCAAAGGCCAACAGGACAUUGGGCGGUGGCUCGACGACAACAGCGCCGAGUGCUUUUUCGAGCUCUCGAUUGAGUCGUCGCCGUUCCUCAAGCACGUGGAAGCGAUUGCGUGCAAAGUGUACACGGGGGCGCUCGUGCUGAUUGUGCUGUACUAUGACAAUGCAUUCUUUGUCCACAUUGAAGACGGCCAGGACGAGCAGCCGUUGCUGGACACGCGAUUCCCCGACGUCACGUGCCAAAAGAACGGGUUCCAGGUCAAGACGUACCGCAAGGGAGUGCCUGGGUUUGCCGACUUGCGCAAAGUAACGUUGUGGAAGGUCCAGUACAACAACGACGUGGGCGACGACGACGACGAGCGCAUGCCGGAGACGAUGGCGAUCAUCGCCGACAAGGAGAAGCACCAGGCGAAGAAGGCGGCGAGUGGAAGCGAUGCCAAGGCGACGUCCCCCGGGCGGAAAGUGAAUAUGCCGCAUCACAUUGCCCCGUUGAAGCUGGCUAACGUCAAGGCUAAGCUACAGGACCUGGGGCCAGUGGACAAGUCGGCACUCAAGGCGCCAUGGGAUGAGAGCGGGCGGCCGCUCGGUCAAGCGCGCAAGUGA